CUCUACUCUAAACCUCUUUCUCUAUCCGGACGGUGAGAUACCUCGCCUUAAGGAGGAUAACCCCUUACCUGGUGGUGCCGGGUUCCAAAGGUUAAAUUGUGAGGGUAGGUCCUGGCCCUCAGCCCCACUGCCUGCUGCCCCCGAUCCGCGGGCCCAAGCCCCAGAUCCCCGCCUUGCCGUCCAGCCUGUCCCUGGUGCUAGGUGGUUGGAAACGCGAGGCCCCCGCCCCCGCCUUGACGGCCGGAGGAUCAGUGUUUCCGGCGGCACCUGGGCCCUGUCACCAGCUCUCUCUUCCGGGGUCGGAACUAUCGGAGCGGAGUCAACGUUUCUCAGCCGGAAGAAUAAGAAGGCAGCAAAGAACUCUUUUCCUGCCAAGAUGUCUAUUGGUGUGCCGAUUAAAGUCCUACAUGAGGCCGAGGGUCACAUCGUGACAUGUGAGACAAACACUGGUGAGGUGUAUCGUGGGAAACUCAUUGAGGCGGAGGACAACAUGAACUGCCAGAUGUCCAACAUCACAGUCACAUACAGAGAUGGCCGAGUGGCACAGCUGGAACAGGUGUACAUCCGUGGCAGCAAGAUCCGUUUUCUCAUUUUGCCUGACAUGCUGAAAAAUGCGCCCAUGUUAAAGAGCAUGAAAAAUAAAAACCAAGGCUCAGGGGCUGGCCGGGGAAAAGCUGCUAUUCUGAAGGCCCAAGUGGCUGCAAGAGGAAGAGGACGUGGAAUGGGGCGCGGAAACAUCUUCCAGAAAAGAAGAUAAAUUUAUCUGUUGAACAGAACUUUGCCGUUAUUUUUUCUUUUAGGUCAUCUGUGUUCAGGGGGGUGUGUGCUUAUGUAUAUGUUCUGGCUUUUCUUUUGACAUCUUUCUCUUUAGAUCAGGGGAAAUGUUAAACUAAAUAAAUAUGGUGGUCCUUUU